AUGCCAACCAUUUUAUUGAGGAUUUUGCUUGCAUACAAUCUCCUCAGCAGGAUUCUUCUUUACUUAGUACCCAAUCCCAACAAUCUCCUCGAAGAACCCAUUUCACCUUCUCCUCGACUUCGCCGUCGAAUGGAUGCCGCUGAACUCAAAAGGGCUUUUGAAACGUUUAAUCAAAUCGGAGAUGGACGGAUCACCAAAAAGGAGCUCAACGAUUCCUUAGAGAAAAUGGGUAUUUUCAAACUUGACAUGGAGUUGAUUCAAAUGAUAGAGAAAAUCGAUGUUAAUGAAGAUGGAUGUGUGGAUAUUGAUGAAUUUGAUUCUUUGUACCAAACAAUAAUGAACGAGAAGGAUGAGGAUGAAUAUAUGAGCGAUGCAUUCGAUGUGUUUGAUCAAAAUGGUGAUGGGUUUAUAAGCGUUGAUGAACUGGAAGCAAGGAAGGACUACAGAGAUGGAGGAGGCCGAGGGAGAAGAGACAUGAAGGGUCUCAAACUAAAUCCCAUAUCCGUGAUGUACUACGUUAGCCCCUGCAGUGCUAUUUGCCUAUUAAUUCCAUGGAUCUUUCUGGAGAAGUCGAAGAUGGAUGCACAGGGGACAUGGAACUUCAAACCUCUUGUUCUGACUCUUAAUUCUCUUUGUACUUUUGCCCUCAAUCUUUCGGUCUUCCUUGUCAUCUCGCAUACAAGUGCUUUGACUAUUCGUGUGGCAGGAGUUGUCAAGGAUUGGGUUGUAGUUCUACUAUCAGCCAUUCUUUUUGCGGAUACAAAGCUGACACUUAUCAAUCUGUUUGGUUAUGCAAUUGCCAUUGUAGGGGUAGCUGCAUACAAUAACCACAAGUUAAAAAAGGAAGCUUCUCGAGUUGUUAGUACAGACGAGCCUGCUCAAUCAAUCCCACUAGUUUCAUCUCCAACUUCAAACAAGUAA